CUUAGCAACGCACGUCACAGACUAAACCAAACGAUCCCAGAGUGCUGAUUGCGCGCCCAUCCAACGCACUACCUUUCGAUCCUCUCUAGCAUCUCUAUUUACCACUUAUGCCUUGCUGCUUUUCAAACGCCGGUCACCGCCGCCUCGAGCGUGAGGUAGCCAUUCUAGCUUCUCGUCUCGUAACUCCAAAUGCAAAUGUGAUUUUAUCUCUGCGAAAUUAUUGUAGCAGUCAACUAGAAGCUAUGGGCUUAGUCCAAGGUUCGUUUUUGUUUGGUGGAGAAGCUACGAGUGGCUAUCAUGUUCACGGGAUACAAGAUAGUUCCCCAGCUUUUAAGGCUGGUUUGGAGCCAUUCUUUGACUUCAUCAUUUCCAUUGGAAACACAAGACUUAGUAAAGAAGGCAACCUGCUGAAAGACUUGUUGAAGGCCAAUGCGGAGAAGGCGGUGAAGCUGCAAGUGUACAACAUCAAGUCACAGCGGGUGAGGGAGCUCGAGGUGACACCCGGCAACAUGUGGGGCGGUCAGGGCCUGCUGGGGGCUAGUGUCCGCUUCUGUAGCUUUGAGGGGGCUGCUGAAAAUGUCUGGCAUGUCCUGGACGUCGAGGCCAACUCCCCCGCAGCCUCCGCAGGUCUGCUUGCCCAUGUCGACUUCAUCGUGGGAGCUGACCAGCUGUUGCAGAGCUCAGAUGACUUCUUUUCCCUAAUCGAAGCCAACGAGGGCAAACGGCUCAAGCUGCUGGUGUACAACACAGAGAGUGAGCGCUGCAGAGAAGUGGUAGUGAUGCCCAAUGGAGCUUGGGGAGGAGAAGGAAGCUUAGGCUGUGGUAUCGGCUACGGCUAUUUGCACCGUAUCCCGAUCCGUUCACUUCCAGCCAGCGUCCCGCCUCCUGAAACAGACGACAAGCAGGGUCUUUUGCUGAGUGGAAGUAGCCUUUCCGAGCAGCAUCAGUGUGGAAACACGCAAACUGUAGACUCUGAGGCACUGGAUACGCAUCAGCCCAAUACGGUAUUGACCAAGGACACAAACUGCAGCUCUGUGUCGGCCAACCACGGCGACGGUGCGGAUGAUCAGUGUGACGUUGAUUCCUUAUCCAUCCCCGUAAGAUCUCCUGAAUUGGACUCGAAGCACCAGAUUUGCGAGCAGGUCCAAGUUGUCGGUCAGAAUAAGGAGGACGGCGGCACAGAGAAACUACCUGACAUAGAGCAUCACCAGCAGCAGACCCUCAGCUUCAUCCCCGUCCUCUUCAUCAUCCCUGAAGAGCGCCACGUUUGGGAAGGAGAGGAGCGUCGAGAGCGCGCAACCAGCGUUCGUCUCGAUGCCGCACCAACCCCCACCGCCUCUCAGACGCGCGUUCCACUCCAGUCCGAGGGGUUGAAGAUGCAGGAGAAAUGGCUGUGGGGACAAAUGACGCUCAAUCUUCUUUUAUGACACACGAAGCAGUCUAAAGAA